CAAGUAUUAAAGCAAAGGCUUUGGGCACAAGCAGGAACAUCUUCCUCUGCACUUCCCUUCCUUGCCAGAUGGGGUCGUGCUUGGAGUAGGAUAUUCCACCAUUCUUUUCACACACACAUAAUGUAAUUGCUGCCUUAAAGCUAAAUGAUGCUUCUAUGGAGAAGCUUGGAUCAGACUCAGCUGUUGCUCUCUUUUGACACAUUUAACAGAGAUGAUAGCAUUUCCCAAACACGACAGCUGAGUUUUGGUGUUUAUUUGCUGAUAUAAAUGAAGUAGCAGAGAGAUUUGGCCAUGCUAGCAAGGAAAAGACAUGGAAGAAAAGAAAGAUGUUUGGGAAGACGCAUUGGUUCACAUUUACAAGUAAGGAAGAACUGCUCAGAAUGUGGCUCACUUCCAUCCCUACAAUGGCUUUCUAUAAGCAGCUCUGCGACUACGGCCGCCCCUUGCUGCCCUGCGAGGUGACCUGCCCACAGCCCUAUGCCAAUGCCUGCAGCCAGCCCUGCAUCACCUCCUGCGGGGACUCCCGUGCUAUCGUCUACCCCCCACCUGUGGUCAUCACCUUCCCAGGCCCCAUCCUCAGCUCCUGCCCUCAGGAGAGCAUCGUGGGCACCUCAGCCCCACUGGAGCUGGGUGGCUCCUUCGGCCAUGGGAGCUGCCUGGAGGCCCAGAGCAUUAUGUGUCCUACUGGAUCUGGCCGCUACUCCUGUCGGGCAACAUUCCGCCCUCUGAAGCCCUCCAUCACUCCACCACCUCCACCACCUCAACCACCCACCAAGACCUGGCAGGAACAGGAGCAAAUCCGCAGCAUCUGAGCAAGCACAGAGGUGUAGCUAUCAGGGGGCAUCACCAGGAGCUGGCUGGUGAUGCCAGCUCCCCUUUACAUGAGAUCUCUCCUCAAGUUUUCCUUGCGCUCUACUUAAUCCCUUUUUCCUUUGCUAUUGUGUAAAUUCAACUCAAUCUCUGUGUUGUUCCCUGCAGUGCUGCAGUCCCAUUUGUCAUUCUCAAUAAAAUCCUCCCUGCUGCACGA